CACACUACUUUUAGAAAGACACACAUGAGAACAGUCUUGUGCUUCAGUUGUCCAGUAGCCAAUCCUCGGCUUUCUUCGGCAGGCGUGCAGAACCACAGCCUUCGGCGCUAGGAUCCAGAAGGCAGGGCUUUGAUUUCUCAACUAAUUCCUCUGGCAAAACACGAAACGCUCAUAUGCACAACUUCCUGGUUAGAGAAGCGGACCGCGCUGAAUGUGAUCGCAGACUGACUUUGUAGAUGCGCGAGAGCGAGAGGCACACAAGAGGAACGAGCGUCUGAAAGUGCGUCCGGUUGGGAUUAACUUGAGAAUGUAAAGAGAAUGUAAAGGACGCCUCAGAGAGCAGAAGUGUGUGCGGAUUGUGGGCAGUCCGAAAUGUCCCACGAAACAGGCACAAGAUUUGUCGCCGGUCAUUGAAAUCGCCUCGAUCACUUGUAAUUAUUUUGGUUAGUCAAGUUAGUGUGUUUCCUUCAUUGACGCUCAAUUUGUUCUGCCAUUCCGUGUUGCUCUAAUCGCGCAUUUGGACAUGUGGAGACUGCGAGGAUCGUGUCGUGUGGGGAUGUUGUGUUUGACUUUAUCAGCCCUUCUCAUCCAACCCAUCAGCUGUCAUCCCGCUUCUCAUGUGGAAACAGAGCAUCGUGGGAGCUCAGCCACUCAAAGAGAGCGGAGGGCGUCUGGGGAACCCUAUUGGGCGUAUUCAGGCACCUACGGACCACGAAGGUGGCCCUCUGCUUAUCCAGAAUGCGGGGAAAGGAAUCAGUCUCCAGUGGAUAUCCCAGAUCAAGACACACAGGUUUCUCAAGAGUGCCAGGAGCUGACCUUGGAUGGCUUUGAAAAGAAGUCGUCAAACAGGACCACCAUGAAGAACACAGGCAAAACAGUGUCUAUUGUUCUGAAGAAUGAUUACUUUGUGAGAGGGGCCGGCCUACCUGGACGCUUCAAAGCAGAAAAAGUGGAGUUUCACUGGGGCAGCACCAAUGGAUCAGCUGGUUCUGAGCACAGUAUCAAUGGAAAGAAGUUUCCAGUAGAGAUGCAGAUUUAUUUCUACAAUUCAGAUGAUUUUGACAGUCUGAGCACCGCGAUAAAGGAGAGACGAAUCAUCGCCGCCAUGGCUGUCUUCUUUCAGGUGGCAAAGAAAGACAACAUUGCAGCUGAGCCCAUCAUCACAGGUCUCAAACGAGUAGUCCAUCACGAGAAGGAAACAAACCUUGGUCCAUUCAUACUGAGGGAUCUGCUGCCAUCAUCUUUGGAAAGUUAUUACCGCUACACCGGCUCGCUCACGACUCCUCCCUGCAGUAAAGUCGUGGAGUGGAUCAUCUUCAGUCGACCUGUUUACCUGUCCUACCACCAGCUGGAGGCUUUCUACUCCAUCUUCACCACAGAGCAGCAGGAUCAUGUGAAGUCCGUGGAUUACCUGAGGAAUAACCAUCGGCCCACUCAGGAUCUCGACAGCCGGCAAAUCUUCAAAUCGGCUCUGAUGGAUGCUUGGAUGCCCGACCUCAUGACAGACAGCAUGGCCAGCGCUGCAGACUCAGAAACUUCUCGAGUCUGCAGCAGCAUCCCUGACAACAUGAAGGUCCACCUUCUGAACAGAACUGCACUUGUGUUGACCUGGGACAGACCGUCAGCUGUCUACCACCCACCUAUAGUGGGCUUCCUUGUCUCCUACAGCUGGGUAAAGGAUGAAAUGCCUUUUGAGAAGACCUUCACGCAGAGCGGCGAACACAGUACGGUAAGGCUCCCGACAUGAAAGGCAAAGCAGUCUGAUCAUUUCAGAAGAGCACAUUCACAG